AUGGGAGAAAAUAGGUUCAUGGUAAAAGAUACGUUGAAAGAAUGGCCUCAUAUGGAUGGAAGUUAUACUGCAAUUGCUUUAUGGAAUUGUAGUAGUAUCAUAAAAAAUUUUCCUGAUAAAGUGGAAUUUUCAAAGCUCAAAACUUUGGUUUUAGUGGGUGAGAGGAAGAGGAACCGAGAUGAUUUCCUAGUGGUUUUCGGUACAUUUUUUGAAGAAAUGAAAGCCCUCCAAGUUUUACUUCUCCAACGUGUCAGCUUCUCACUGAAAGGAUUCCCUUCCUUACCAAAUCUUAAAACUUUGUGGUGUUAUAAUUGCAUGCUGAAAAACUUCUCAUCAUCACUGACAAAUAUGAGAAGCCUUAAGAUUCUUUCAUUGCCUGGCACUGAAAUUGAUGAGAUAAGUGAAGAAUUAGUGAAGUUGUUGACUUCACUAGAAGAGUUACAUGUCGUACCCAAAAUUAAUCUCAACUUAUUGGAGUUGAAGUCAUUGUCUCGUUUAACUGCCCUAUCAUUGAGACUUUCUACUAAUCAAAUUCCUCUAGAAGAUUUUGUGCUCCCGAAACUACAAAGGUACGCUAUAGUAGUUGGAGAAAAUUAUAGAUUCAAUCGGGAGGCGUUUAGAACAUUGGAUAUUCAAGAUUUCUCAUCUUCAUUAAGUGCAUUUAACAAUUUAUUUUGCAAUGUGGAAGAGUUGAAUUUGAGGAAUGUUGGUGGACAAGAGAAUAUUGUGCCAAGCAUAGAUGAAAUGGGAGUAAAUGAGUUGACUUCUCUGCAGCUAGAAUCUUGCAAUGAUAUGGAAUUCUUGAUUGAUACAAAAAAGGAUCAAGGGUCAACUGUUGCAUUCUCUAAUUUGGUGGAAUUAAAUAUAAAAAGCAUGGUUUCUUUGAAAGGGUUGCGCUAUGGUGUUUCUCCGACUUGGUUCUUGCAAAACCUUAAGCAAGUGAGCAUUAAAGAUUGUGAGGAGUUACAAGUGAUAUUUCAAAUAGAUAAACUUUCUGAAAGAAUGAAAUGUCAGACACCAUUGCUCUCAAAUUUAACAAAAUUGAGCCUACAUUCAUUGCCGAAAUUGAAGAGGAUAUGGGAAGUAAAGCCAUCCCAUCGUGCAAUUGCAAGCCUCCAAAGUCUAAAGGUUGUGACAAUUGAAUAUUGUGAUAAUCUGAAAACAAUCUUCUCACCUUGCCUAGCUUUAAGUAUGUUGCAUCUACAAGAACUUUAG